AGCCCUCAUCAGUUACUCGUCUCGCUCUUAUCCUGUUAUCCAUCAAUUCCAUUCAUUCCAUUCCAUCGUCUCCUCCCUCCUCCACUCGCCUCUCCUCGGGACUCCUACGCCGGGGCAACCGCAACGAAUGGCGGCGCCUUCGACGGCGCUUUGCUUCUCCAGCGCGCACCGGCACUCACUGCUUCCUCCUUCCUCGUCCGCUUCGAAGCUUAGGGUUUCCUCCGGAAGCUUCUCUCUCGCCACGACUCUUUCCGCUGGAGCACUAGGUUUCGGGAGGUCCCAGUUGGUCGGCUUCCCAGUCAUCUUCACCACCAGUCUACCUUCACUUCGGGUUCCUCACAAGCUUCCAAUUACCCCCGUUGUUGCUCGCCGGGUUUGCCCUUUUACCGGGAAGAAGGCUAAUAGAGCAAAUAAAGUUUCCUUCUCGAACCACAAGACCAAGAAGCUGCAGUUUGUCAAUUUGCAGUAUAAGAGGAUCUGGUGGGAAGCAGGGAAACGAUACGUAAAGCUACGCUUGUCAACAAAGGCACUGAAGACCAUUGAGAAGAAUGGUCUGGAUGCUGUUGCUAAGAAGGCUGGAAUUGACCUCCGAAAAGAAUGAACCUGAACUACCCAACGGCCAUGCCUUUACUCCUUUUUAUCGCUUAGUAAAAUCGUCGAGGUGAUUUUGGCUCUGUUGCCACUUAGUUCAUUGUCUGUUGUCAUUUCUACUUCCAACUGGCUGUAAAUUUACCAGGACAAAAGAUUUCAAAAUGCUUUGUGUGAUGCAUGUCUGACCAACUAGGAUAGACAUUUUCUCUCCAGAGAUUGUCCACACAUGUACAAAUAGUCUAAUUCAGAUUCAGCUACUGAAACAUGUCUGGAAUAAAUUUGUAUCAUGUUUUGCAUUGUAGUUCAAAUGAAAUCACUGUACAAGGAUGAGUUCAGUGCUG